AAAAAAGAGCUUCUAGCCAUGAGCUUAUCGAUUUAAGUGCAUGGCCGAUUGAAGUUAUGCCUUCGAUGCGAGAGAGGUAGCUACAUAUACACCUUCAAGGUAGGAGAUUUUCAUUCAUAUAUCCUUUCUCAAUCUCAAUUCCAAUAUUGAAUGUUUAUUUCCCAUUUUUCUCAGCUGCGCCUCGGCAGACACUUUACAUAUCUUUUAGUUCAAAGAGCCAGCUCUGGCAUUGCACGCAGAAAUUUGUCACUUCAUCAAGGCACUUUUCAAGUCAAAACCCUAGGAAUGCCACCUAAACGAAAGAGAUCCUCAGCGGCGACCACGCCCAGUGUCGAUGUUACUUCGACUCAAAUCCUCCCUCAGAGUCAAUCCACUACAACCAAGCCGCCACCUGCCAGACCGUCGCGACAGUCAUCUCGCAGAGGCAAACCUGAUACAAACCCCGAGCACAAUGCAGAUAUUAUAGAUAGCAAGACAGCACUUCGCGCUAGCCCAGAUGCUGAUGAUUCGGGGGAGUCUUUUGACUUGAAGAAAAUUAAGGUAGAAACAACGCCGGCAAAGGAGAACGGUGUGAAAAAUCCUGUCAAGAAUGAGGAUAGCGAUUCGCCACUUUCAGAUAUUGAUGAUGAUCUUCCAGCGCCCAUACCUGCUAAGAAACAGAAGAAAGCACCGACGAAGAGCUCAAUUGCUGCGAAGAAAGGUUCGGAUGAAAUAAAAGCUUUUGUAGCGGAACAAGCAGCUAAAAAGGCUACGGUGAAGAAAAUAAAAAAGGAAGAUGACGGCGAUCAAUGGGAUAAUGGGGCUGGUCCCGAUGGAGAUGAGGAAGGGCAGAUGGACGAUGCCGAUGCUAUAAAACUGGAAGCGAGGAGACCACCUCCUGUCAACAGCGACUAUUUACCUCUGCCAUGGAAAGGAAGACUAGGAUAUGUAAGUCUCUACGUCACUGCACUAGCUUCAAACGACUGACCUUUAAAUCCAGGCAUGUCUGAAUACCUAUCUCAGAUCAUCGAACCCUCCUGUCUUCACGUCUCGGACCUGCCGUAUAGCUUCCAUUCUCGAACAUCGUCAUCCUUUGAAAGAUCCUUCGCAGCCUGAGCAUGCAACCAAGAAUCGACCAGAUAAAUCAAAGCCAGCUUCUUUUGAGCGGGGACAGCGAUACGUCGAAGAAUUGUGCCUGGCAAAUGUCCGAGACCUACCAAAAAUGUUCCGAUGGAAUGAGAAGUAUGGAAUUAAAUUCAUGAGAUUGAGCUCGGAAAUGUUUCCGUUCGCUAGUCAUGCUGAGCAUGGCUAUAAGCUUGCCCCUUUUGCUAGCGAAGCUCUUGCGGAAGCUGGGAAAGUGGUAGCUGAAUUGGGACAUCGAGUCAGCACACAUCCUGGACAAGUAAGUUAAAACAUUUUGUCGUGGAAGUCAAACACUGACAAGCAUGCAAAAGUUCACGCAAUUGGGUUCGCCACGUCCAGAGGUCAUUGCAAAUGCGGUUCGAGACCUCGAGUAUCAUGAUGAAAUGCUCGGACUACUUCAACUACCAGCUCAAAUCGAUAGAGAUGCAGUUAUGAUCUUACACAUGGGAGGUACAUUUGGCGAUAAAGCUGCGACACUGGAUCGUUUCCGCGAAAAUUAUGCUAAGCUUUCACCUUCCAUCAAGCAACGGCUCGUCCUAGAAAACGACGAUGUAUCAUGGACUGUUCAUGACCUCCUUCCAAUCUGUGAAGAGCUUAAUAUUCCUCUUUGCCUCGAUUUCCACCACCACAACAUCAUGUUCGAUUCUAGUCAAGUACGUGAAGGCACUAAGGACAUCAUGAAUCUUUUCCCUAGAAUUAAAGCUGGAUGGACGAAAAAAGGUAUGACGCAGAAAAUGCAUUAUAGCGAACAGACUCCCCAGGCCAUAACUGGUCGUCAGAGACGAAAGCAUAAUCCUAGACCAGCAACACUACCGCCUUGUGCAAAUGAUAUGGAUUUAAUGAUUGAAGCGAAGGAUAAAGAGCAGGCGGUAUUUGAACUAAUGAGGACAUUCAAAUUACCGGCAUAUGAAAGAUUUAAUGAUAUUGUACCAUAUGAGAGAGACGAUGAUAAUCGCGUUUUACCAAAGAAGCCCAAGAAGAAAAAGACCAAGAAGCAAAUCAAUGAAGAGAUUGAAGAAUUUGGUCAUGAAAUUGAGGAAGAGGAGGAACCAGUUAAGGAUAUAAUACCUGAGGAAGAAGUUGGCAUGGGAGGAAAGGAUAACCGUGUAUAUUGGCCAUUAGGCAUGGAAGAAUGGCUGACGCCAAAGAAGCGAGAAAUCAAGAAGAAAGGCCCCGAAGGGGAUGAAGAAGAGGAGAUGUUCAAGCAUCCUACACCUGCAAAUUUUGAGGCGAGGAAAAAGAUUACUGAAAGAAAGAAGAUGCCUUUUGAUGAAGGGGUCAAGAAGAAAUUGGCGAGGGCAGAGUGUUUAAACGAUGUGUUGGAAGUGGUAGAAUUGGUCAAGAGUGCACAAGCUAAGGUAGACGAGAAGGUGGAGGUUGAUGGGUUUGCAGGGGGAACUGGUGGCUCUUCUAAGAAGAGUACGCCUGCUAAGAAGAAGGCAGCAUCCGUACCGGCAAAGAAGAAGAAUGCGAGAAAGGUUCAAACGCCUAGUGCGAGCGUUUCGAACGAAGAUGAGGAUGAGAUUGAGGACGAUGAUUUAAGCAUGCCUGAUUUAUCGGCCCAUGAUAAAUUGAAGAAACCGGCUUUGAAAGCUAAACCGGCGAGACAGAGUGGUAGAGCUGCGGCUAAGAGGAAGAGUUAUGUGGAGGUGGAUGGGGAUGAGGAUGAAGAUGAGGAGUAAAUUAUUCAAGUAUACAUGUUUCUGGUUAUAAGGUGGAUAUGUUAACUGUGUUCUGGUCAUCUUGUAUAUCAUCACAUCUGUAUCAUUAUUCUUGUCAUAUCUAUACCAAAAUUUCCUACCCC